CCUGUCCCCAACAGGUAUCAGCUUGGUACAUACUCAGUCCAUAAAUCCAGGCCAGACUCCAGUCCGCCACCUUCUACCUGAUUUCCCUCAACUCUCUUCCAUAUUCGACUCUGAGAUUUAUUUGCUUGAAACACUUCUACAUUACCUAUUUUCUAUUCAUAUCCGUGCGACAAUUUGGAUCGCCGUUUCCAAGCAUUCAAGGCCUGCGCCCCUUAUCCGCUUUUAGUAGCGACGUCACUUUGCAAGUAACAGGGGACAGGGUCCUAAGCGGCGAGAAAAAAAAAGCCUCCACUAGUACUACAUUAGGACAGGGACCACCCGACCCAGCCAGGGGGACGGAGGGGCAACCCACCACUUUGCUUGACGGUCGACGGACUCUGCAACCGUCGUUUUCGCCUGAACCACUAAAUAACUCCUGCGACGCGCACAACCUACACACCCUCCAAUGAUUCCAGAUCUCUUUGGCUUUACCCUAUAAUUCACUCCCACUGCCAAAAAAUCAUCUCUUCGCUGAAUUCACUUCGCCUCAUAAAAUAAGCCCAACACCACACUGCCAAGCCAAAGCACGGCCAACAACUUUUUUUGCUCUGGUAUCACCAGAGUCUUACUACUCUUCAAAAUCCUUUAAUCCCUCCGCCUCGACGAUUCUCUGGCCCUUGAAUAUGUCUCUCCUGUUAUAGUGACACGGUCCGUUUUGGACACACCAACACCAAGCACUGUUGCACUCAGUAUAGGUGUAUCAACUUUAUAUGCGAUAUAUCGCCGCCACAAACAUCCUUUCUCCAUAAACCUCCUUUGGGAUAUCUCCCCCUUGUGCAACAACACCAGCAAUAUCUUCAAUACAUAGCUCAAUUUCAACUCUAAGCUUGAACCUACAAGACCAAUUCACCAUGUUCAACCACAGGAUUCACGACAAGGUCACCUCGAAUGUUCUUGCGUGGAGCGCGCACGCCUCCAACGAGAUCAUCAGCGAAGACGACGCUGCCCCUGAAGCCGACGAGCCCGACUUAAGACCCCUCGGCAUGUCUCCCGCAACCAAGAAGUUCCAGAAGUCGGCAGUACCCAGGGUACCCGAGAGCGCCUCGCUCCUCACCAAGGCUCUCCAGAGCCCCUCAGAGGACGACUCACAUGACAAUUACUCUCCCAGCAAGAUCUCGAGAAGACGACGAUCUUUUGCUAGCACCAUCAGCAUCGCCUCUACUGCCGAGUACUCGUGCGACACUGGCUUUACCACACCCGCCAGGACUAGCUCCCCCAGCCCUCGCCUUGCCCAGAAGGAGGUGUUUGAGUCUACGGCCCCUCGCAAGGAGGAGAAGAAAAGGUGUAUUUCCUUUGCUUGUGCCGCUCCCCGACCCACGCCUGUCAUUGCUGCGCCUGCUCCCAAGCCCGCUGCUGCAGAGGUGCCCCAGAAGAAGUCGAGCAUUCGGUUCGCCUGCAACUCUCGCCCUGCUACUGAACAGACUAAGCCUGUCCGGAACACGCCGCCACCAGCAACUUUGUCGACCCCGCCUACCGUCAAGAAAUAUCGCUCACCUUCGGCAAACUCGCGCUCUGCCCGCUCCGUCACUCCCAAGCGCUCAUCUAACAGCCCUGUAGCUACUCGCAAGGGCUGGUUUACUGCCGACUUCAAGGAUCUGCAAGCCGAGGGCUCUCGAUUUCACGAGUUCGCUAGCGAUGAGGUCCAAGAUGAUGACUGGAUCAGACAAGACAAGGCGAACCAAAGGCGUAAGCUGACGAUCGACGACACCUUGGUCAAGGAGUUGGCAAUCCGCAAGCUUGGCAAGGAGGCUGAAGAGGAGGCCGAACAGGAGGAGGCUGAGGACGAUGCCAACGAUGACGAAGCCGCGGACGACUUGGAAGACGAAGACGCCGAUGACGACGAGGACGAUGAGGACGAGGAGGAUGAGGAAGAUUUGGAUCUCGACGACGACGAGUCUGGAUAUGGCACAGAGCCCGAAUCAGAGGGUUACCGUACUGACGAAGAGGUCGGGUUUGCCGAUUCGGAUGACGAAGACGAUGAGUUGGUUUUGUGGUGGCCCGGCACUUCUAGUGGCUCCAAGACUGCCAUCGCUUCGCUCUCGCGUCGCAUGUCGAUCGGCCAAUCCCUUGGCAAUAUGUCAGACUCAUCAGCCUUCUCCCCCGGGUGCACUCUACAGCGCCGUAUGAAGAUUCCUCGGUCUUCUCCUCGCGCAACUCGUCGGCCUGGUACUCCUGAGCUUCCCGACAGCACCGAUUUCGUCUGCGGUACUCUUGACGAGGACCGACCUCUUGAGGACGAGUACAUGUCAUGCAUGGCGGCCAAGAGGCAAGAGAAGCUCAGACUUAUUCCUCAGGAUUUUGAUCCUAGCUUUCCGACAUCAGACCCCGAGGACGACGAUGACGAGGCCUUCAAGCCACUCCACCGCAUCAGUGAUGAGCAUGUGUGGCUUCAUGGCGAGCUGGAGGAUCUGGACCAUGAGGGCGACGAACGCCAUGACCGUUCCAGGAAGGUCACCUCUCCCAGGCGGAUGCAUUCUCCUCCUCCCCGAGCCCGCGGCAGGUCCCCGCCGCCUCGUCGUCUCUUCGAUAGGCACUCGCCUCCUCGCCGCAUGCGCUCCCCAGCGCCACCUAUGGCCAGUGCAUCGCCUCAAGCCUCGCCCAUCGGAGGACAAGGUGUCGUUUUUAAGUCGCUUGCUUUCCGCCCUGGCUUGACCCACACCAAGUCUCUUCCCCGGGCUCCCGCUAUUUUCACCCACCUCAAGACUCAACACCAGCACGCUCAGCAGCGCAAGAAGUCUACCGUCGCGCACAAGGAUAAGCGUCAUGUUCGCGGUGCCAUUGACAUCGUCAAGGGCCUCGAGCAGCGCCGUCAGCGCCGUCGGGAAAAGCUCUCGCGCCAGCAGUGCAAUCGCGCCAGGAAGGGUCUGGCCCAAGAGAAACGUCCCGCUCCUGGCAAAGGCGCCGAGCGCAUGCGGGAGCUUGGACUGCUUAUGGCCGGCAAGAUCGGCCCGGGCAAUUACGUCCUGUCCGUUUAAGAAAUCCAUCACACAUUAUAUUUAUUCUUUUCCUUUGUUUCACAGGCUACAAUACAUCUGCAUCAUAUGGGGCCGGAGGGUUAUAGCGUGUUUUUUGUGGCGUUCUUUUUUUCUCUUUUCAAAGCAUCGAUCUCAUGGUCUAGAUCUUUAACACCAUUCGCUUCUUCGGUAUAUAUACCACAGCCUUGUCUUUCUUUUUUUAUCAUUUUACUGUAUAUACCCAGAUUUUGUUUUUCAUAUUUUCCUUUCGUUCUACUUCGUCGAACCAAAGCCACUGCGGUCUAUUUAAAGGGACGGCUUCUUUUUUUCAAAUCGGUACGGUCAUAUCACGCAUUGUUACGAACGGGAUACCCAAGCCAGAGGGAGGCUCAGCAUCAGCAUAGCAACAUUUGGAGGCACUCUUUUUAUCUUUUUGCAUCUGGGAUGGGUGGAUAUAUUUCCUUUGUUUUUUUUUUAUUUUUUUUUUAUUUUUUUUUUAUUUUUUUUUUGUUUUCUUUUUAUCUAGGAUAUCAUGGCGGGCGAAAAGGAGGGUUCAUCAUAACGGUUGGGAGGACUUGGUAGCAAUGUCCGAAACGGACUUUAACAUUCAAUGCUACAUCAUUCAAUGUU